GAACUAAACGAUAUAGCUGUCCAUUAUUCUAAUUUUUUUUCGUUGAUAAAAAUAUUAUGGCUUCUUCAAAAAAUGCGAAAUAUUCAUUUGACGCAGAUGAAGUUUGUCCAAUAUGUAAGAAUAAUAGGUACCUAACACCUAACAUGAAACUGCUUGUUAGUGAUUGUUAUCAUAAAAUGUGCGAAUCAUGCAUAGAUAGAUUAUUUGCAAAUGGGGCAGGACCAUGUCCAAUUUGUCAAAAAAUCUUAAGAAAAGUCAGCUUUAUUGAACCUACAUUUGAAGAUUUACGUGUCGAAAAAGAAGUAAAGGUUAGGAGAAUGUUAUCAAAACAGUAUAAUCAACGUCAAGAAGAUUUCGAAAGUUUACGUUUGUAUAAUGAUUAUUUGGAAAUGGUUGAAGAAAUAGCAUGGAAUCUUAUUAAUGAUAAGGACAAAAAAGAAACAGAAGCUUUGAUGAAUAAGCAUCUUAAUGAAAAUAGAGACAUUAUAGCUCGUAAUAGGCGUAAACAAGAAGAAGAAGCUAAAAAGGCAAAUUAUUUUAGUGAAAAAGUAAAGAUAGAUAAACGUAUGAAAUUUGAAAGUUAUAAAAAAGAGUUGGAUGAGGAAAAGAAACGAAAAGAAAGAGAGGAAGCUGAAUUAAUCGAAGAGCUGGCUAAAUCUAAAGGAUCUGCAGCUGCAAUUUUAGCAGAAAAGAAGGCUAUGCGAGAAAGUUCACGUAGUCAAGAAGAUAAAAGUCCACAACAACAUUAUCCUUCACCAGGAGACAGCAAUCUUAGUUCAUGGUAUAGCAGUAAUUUAGAAUCUACUAGUUUUAUGGAAGAUUCACAAGAAUUUGAUGCAAUUGCGUCUGAAUAUUUGGACAUUGGUUAUUAUACGCUUAAAGACAAAUAUUAUGAUCCAUAUACCGAGACCAAUACCAAGUUACGUGCGGGUGGAUUUUCUCCAAAAUUUCUACAUGAAAGAGCAUUACAAUCUGCAUUUUCAGGACUUUUUUCAUUCAAUCAAUCUGAUGAUAUGAAUAUCGAUUAAAAAGAGUGUAAUUUGAGGGUAAUUCUUAAUGAAAUCUACCAGUCAUUGAUAAAUUGUGAAUGGAAAAGGAAUUUAUCAAUAAUUCUUCUUAAAAUUAUUUAGUAUUCAAUAAAUAAAAUAAUAUUUAAAUAGAGGUAAGUCUAUUGACUACGAAUAUUUAUUUAAAAAAACAUUGAUUAAAAUU